GAAGGGCUUGCGCGGGCGCAGCCGGUCUUUGUGGGACAGAAGGACCCACAGUACCCAGGCGACUGUGGCCAGGAUGGGCCGGAAGGUGACCGUGGCUACCUGCGCGCUCAACCAGUGGGCCCUGGACUUCGAGGGCAAUUUGCAAAGGAUAUUAAAGAGCAUCGAAAUUGCCAAACAGAAGGGAGCAAAAUACAGGCUUGGACCAGAACUGGAAAUAUGCGGCUAUGGAUGCUGGGAUCACUACUACGAGUCGGACACCCUCUUGCAUUCGCUGCAAGUCCUGGCUGCCCUCUUGGAGUCUCCAGUCACCCAAGACAUCAUCUGUGACGUGGGAAUGCCCGUGAUGCACCGGAACGUGCGCUACAACUGCAGGGUGAUAUUUCUCAACAGGAAGAUCCUGCUCAUCAGACCCAAGAUGGCCUUGGCCAACGAAGGGAACUACCGCGAGCUGCGCUGGUUCACCCCGUGGUCCCGGAGCCGGCAAACGGAGGAGUACUUCCUGCCCCGGAUGCUCCAGGACCUGACAAAGCAGGAGACCGUGCCCUUCGGGGACGCAGUGCUGGCCACCCGGGACACCUGCAUCGGCAGUGAGAUCUGCGAGGAGCUCUGGAUGCCCCACAGUCCGCACAUCGACAUGGGCCUGGACGGCGUGGAGAUCUUCACCAACGCCUCCGGCAGCCACCACGUGCUGCGCAAAGCCCACGCCAGGGUGGACCUGGUGACCAUGGCUACCACCAAGAACGGAGGGAUCUACCUGCUGGCCAACCAGAAGGGCUGUGAUGGGGACCGGCUGUACUACGACGGCUGCGCCAUGAUCGCCAUGAACGGCAGCGUGUUCGCUCAGGGCUCCCAGUUCUCCCUGGACGACGUGGAAGUCCUCACCGCCACGUUGGACUUGGAGGACGUCAGAAGCUACAGGGCGGAGAUUUCCUCUCGAAACCUGGCGGCCAGCAGGGUGAGCCCCUACCCCCGCGUGAAGGUGGACUUUGCCCUCUCGUGCCACGAGGACCUGCUGGAGCCGCUGUCCGAGCCCGUGGAGUGGAAGUACCACAGCGUCGGCGAGGAGAUCAGCCUCGGACCCGCCUGCUGGCUCUGGGACUUUUUAAGACGCAGCCAACAGGGAGGGUUUUUCCUGCCCCUGAGUGGCGGGGUGGACAGCGCGGCCACCGCCUGCCUCGUGUACUCCAUGUGCUGCCAGGUCUGCGAGGCCGUGAAGAACGGAAACCAGGAGGUGCUGGCGGACGUCCGGGCCGUCGUGAACCAGGCCAGCUACACCCCCGAGGACCCCCGCGAGCUCUGCGGGCGCGUCCUCACGACCUGCUACAUGGCCAGCGAGAACUCCUCCCGGGAGACCAGCGACAGGGCCAGAGACCUGGCCCAGCAGAUCGGAAGCCACCACAUCGGCCUCGGCAUCGACCCCGCCGUGAAGGCCGUCCUGGGCAUCUUCAGCCUGGUGACGGGGAGGAGGCCGCGCUUCGCGGCCCACGGGGGAAGCGGCAGGGAGGACCUGGCCCUGCAGAACGUGCAGGCUCGGCUGAGGAUGGUCAUCGCCUACCUGUUCGCUCAGCUGAGCCUCUGGUCCCGGGACGCGCGGGGCGGGCUCCUGGUGCUCGGGUCUGCCAACGUGGACGAGAGCCUCCUGGGCUACCUGACCAAGUACGACUGUUCCAGCGCGGACAUCAACCCCAUCGGCGGGAUCAGCAAGACCGACCUGCGGACCUUCGUCCAGUUCUGCCUCGAGCGCUUCCAGCUUCCCGCCCUGCAGCGCAUCCUGGAUGCGCCAGCCACCGCAGAGCUGGAGCCCUUGGCCGAGGGACAGGUGUCCCAGACGGACGAGGAAGACAUGGGCAUGACCUACGCGGAGCUGUCCGUCUUCGGGAGGCUCCGGAAGAUGGCCAAGGCCGGACCCUAUAGCAUGUUCUGCAAGCUCCUGCACAUGUGGAGGGACACCUUCACCCCGAGACAGGUGGCUGACAAAGUGGAGCGGUUUUUCUCCAAGUAUGCCACGAACAGACACAAAAUGACCACGCUCACGCCCGCCUACCACGCCGAGAGCUACAGCCCCGACGACAACAGGUUCGACCUGCGGCCCUUUCUCUACCGCGCCGGCUGGCCCUGGCAGUUCCGGUGCAUCGAAGGCCAGGUGCUCCAGCUGGAGAGGAGGGAGCGGCAGCACCUGGACGGCGCGGACUGACGUCGGCCGUGCGGAGGGCUCCCCGCCCGCCGGGAUCCCGUGGGCGACGUGGGCCCCGCCGGGGACCUCGGGCACAGCUCAGCCACCCCUGCCAUGAGCAGGCAGGGCCUCAGCAAGUCCUGUUUCACGCACGUGUCAAAGGGGAGGGACCUCUGAAGCUGGUUCUUCAAAAAAGAAAAAAGUUGAAAUCAAGAGAAUGUGAUUUUUUUUU